UCAUCUUCUGCUAUCCAUCUUUCCUCUCAAUGUUCCAUCACUCACUGUUUUAAAAAGGAUAUUUUAAAUUAAAUGUGUAUGUAGAAACUUAAAAAAAAUAUUCUUUCAAGCACACCCUGGGUUGUGCAGAAUUACGCAGUGCUCUCCAUCGUGUUAGAUUUUACAGAAAUAAGGUUUGAAAGUCCUUCUGAUGUUCAGGGUUCCUUCUGAUUUAAGGUAGGAUUAAAAAUAAGACCUGAAGGAACGGAAAACCACCAACACCACAUCACCUUUCUGUUUCACAUUUACAAAAUGGCCAUUUUUGAUCAACCCUGUUGUCAUUCCUCCUUCUGCCUCUCAGCUCUGAAUGACUGCUUUUACUCAUGUUCCUCUUUUCGUAAACGUGUAAAACGGAUCCACCCAAAAAGACGUGUGUGCAGGAGAAAAGUUCAACACAUAGCAAUUUCAUGCUGUUAAUACACACCGCCACCAGCUGAAUGUGUGCUCAGUAGGCCAGGGAGUGUGUCGAAUGUGUAGUUUGUGCCCUGUUUUUUGGUCACGCUUGUUUUUUGCAUUAUUUACAACCAGGAAAUAGAAUCACAAUACAGCAGCUGAUGCGCAGUACUGAGUACUGACUGAUAAGUAAGUAAGGAGAUUAGUUUAGAGAACAUUUUGUACCAAAAGGACAAGUUUAACUAAAACACACACACACACACACAUACGAGACAACUCUACAGAGAGCUACAGGCAAAAAGAUCUACUCUCCUAUGUCUCAGGCCCAUCUGUUUUGUCCUUAUGGCUGUUGAGAAUUCAGUGCAGAUUGGAGAAAAAAAAUUCAUCAGCAAGACCAACUUACUGUCAUAUCUCAAAACCUACAACCUUUAUUAUGAGGAAAAAUCACUCCAUCUGCGGCACAGAGAGGAGGAAGGAGAGCUGAUCAUUGAGGGUUUGCUGAACAUCUUUUGGGGCCUGCGGCGACCAAUCAGAUUGCAGAUGCAAGAUGGGAAAGAGGCAAUCAACUCUCCUCGUUUUCUUGCAUCAUUGAGGUCCUCAAGAACUAGUGCGAACAAAGCAGAGUCGAAAAAACAGCACACCCCACAGGCUCCGCCCACAAUUCAGGUCACAGGGCCUGAGAACGAAUCAGAUGAGGAUUGUAGUGAAGAAGCAGGACAGGGAGGUGAAGGGGAGGAGUCAACCCUGCAAAGGACUAGGAGUUGUGUGACUGGGCGGAGUCUGGGUGGGCAGACAGAGCCUAGUAACCAGCGGCGACUCAGAAGACAUCGAUGUUCUUUCAACGGCCAUUUCUAUAAUCACACAACUGCUGUUUUCACCCCAGCGUUCGGUUCGGUCACCAACGUCCGUAUCAACAGCUCCAUGACGACGGCGCAGGUCCUCCGUGUGCUACUUAACAAGUUUAAGAUUGAGAACAGUCCUGAUGAGUUCACCCUCUUCCUCUUACACACCAGUGGAGAGCGCAUGCAGCUGAAACGGGACGAUCACCCGCUGGCUAUCCGUGUCCUUCAUGGACCGUGUGAACAAAUCUGCAAAAUUUUUCUCAUGGAGCCUGAUCAGGUGGAGGAGAUCACCUAUGAUGUAGCGCAGUAUAUAAAGCUGGAAAUGCCCGUGCUACAGAGCUUCAUUGACAAACUAAAAGAGGAAGAGAACAGAGAGAUGGAGAAACUCAAGCAGAGGUACUGUGAUAUGCGCCGUAAGAUUCAGAAGCACAUGCAGCAUCUGUCUGAUAAAACGUUUUGUUAGUCAAUGUUUCCUCUCUCUCUCUCUCUCUCUCUCUCUCAGGGUUUUACUUUUUUAUAUCACUCCAAGAAAGGAAAUAUUCCUCACCGAAACAUUGCACAAAUAGUUUUAAAUGCACGACCAAGAACCUAAGAUUCAUACAUCCUGAUUUUGUCAAGUGACAGGCAUGCUAAAAUCAGCAAUGAAAGCGCUUACAAUACAUUUCUUUUUUUUUCAAUUAUACCAAUAUAAAUGCUGUACAGUAUAACAAAAAGACAAUAGUGCAUAGACACUGAAUACAAGAUGUGCAAUGAACAAAGGGAAGAGGUAGAUUUUUAAAGUGCAAAUUAAAUCCAUCCGUCCGUUAUCCGUAACCGCUUAUCCUGUGCAGGAUCGCGGGUAAGCUGGAGCCUAUCCCAGCUGACUACGGGCGAGAGGCGGGGUACACCCUGGACAAGUCGCCAGGUCAUCACAGGGCUGACACAGAGACACAGACAACCAUUCACACUCACAUUCACACCUACGGUCAGUUUAGAACCAACAAUUCUUGGGUUUCACGUGACGUCACAUCCGCCUCAUUAGUUAUUCAAAAUUUUAGCUGGUGGUCUACCAAAGCUCAGUUGACAAAGCGUUUGUACGGAGAAGGUGCAUUGCUCGCAUGAAAUGAAUCAAUCAAACCGUGAAACUGAUAAAAGUUUCUUCAAGGUUCCCCGUGAACUAAUAAAAAAGGGUGAACGAACACAGGAUUUCACAAAAAGACGUUGAGAAAGGUGGCUUUUGAACCUCUUGGUGAACUCGAAGGGAGCCGAGUCGAAGCAUGCUCGAGUUUGCAGUGAUCACUUGGUGAAAGGUUUGUAUUUCCCUCUCAGCUAUGUCCUUAGUGUUUUACACGUACUUUUCUUGCUAUGUGUCGUAAUUUUACGUUACUUUUUUUUUUAGUCACAAAGCGUUAGUCCCCAGCUGUUUCUUUGUUUACUCCUCACAAAGUCCAUAUGCAUGAAGGUCGCAACAAAAUUCUUCCCCAGCCGUACAGUUACAAUGCACCGUGAUCACUUCUCCAUCUUGUUUAACUAAGAUCCAGGUCUUUAAAGGAGUUUCUGAUGAUCUUUGGCCAAGUUUACAUUAGACCGUAUCAGCGGAUCAUCAGAUUAACGUUUUUAAAACGAUUAGUGUGCACACAGCAACGCCAAUACACGAUUCGCGUGCACAUAGCAACGCCAAUAUACGGAUACGCUCGGCUCCGCAGGCAUCCUGCGCUCCAAAUCACUCCGCCCUGAAUAGCGAGUGCCCUCUGGAGGGUGCGCACUCCGGCCAUGCGCAGCUCACAGAGCGCGCGAGUGAAGUGCACAAGCAGUGAUUCGGGACUGAGCCGCUGUGUGUGUGAUCCCAGUGCAUAUCACUUACCACUUGCAAGUGGAAGGAUGGCAAGCCUAAAGACAAUCAUAACUACACAAUGGGCAGUAUUUGCAUCAGUAUUUGCAGUAUUUUCAUACUUUUAUACUCUUUAAUGAAAGGUGAUACAAGGCGGAAGUCCGCGCCGUUUUUCAGCAGUCGCGUCACAUGACCAACGCCAGCGAAUCAGGAAGGUGGAUGUCACAGUGACGUUGUCCAAUGACGACGCCAGCUAGAGCUCAGCACAGCGUAUCCGCGUAUCUCAAUGUUUACACAGCACCGGACCAGACACGAUCUGGAUUGAAUACGUGGACGCUGGCGGAUUCCCGUUUCCCGGCGUUUCCAGGCGGUUUAAUGUAAACGGACAGUGCAUCCGCGAAGAAAACGAGACAGAUACGGUCUAAUGUAAACUUGGCCUUUGUGAAUGAUUUAGCUGAGAGAUAAGAGCCAAUACAAUUGAGAACCAAGCGAACUGUUGUUUGUUUACACUUCAACUUGCAGCGCUUCGUUGUAAAGACCUGAACGAAAAGCUUUAAAAAAAAACAUACUUACAUGGGCAAAAACAAUACAGGAUUCAUUCGGAAGCGACUUGAUACCGAGGUUCUUUACCCAGCCACAUACAAAAAAGUUGUAAGCCUCCGUACUCUUCCAUGCGUUCAUCUGUUUUGCGGUGUAGAAAGACGUCUGCAACACCAGAUAGUUGGAGAUGUCGGGGAACGCGACUGAAGGGUAAUUUUCAAGAUCGUAUGACAAAUCCUUCUUUCCCAGACUGUAAGGGUCGAUUCCAUUGCAUAUAGCAAUCUUCUGAAUAUAUCUAAAGCGAGCAGUGGCUUCUAGAUUACGAGCGUACUCUGAUAAGUUAUCGCUAGUUGUUUGCACUACGGCAGCCGUUUUGGUUUGCUAGACCACCAGCUGUUUUACCGGAAGUGAAAUCGCUAAGAAAAGUCACAUGACUGAAACCUAAGAAUUAACGUAACCUGCAUGUCUUUGGACUGUGGGGGAAACCGGAGCACCCAGAGGAAACCCAUGCAGACAUGGUGAGAACAUGCAAAUUCCACACAGAAAGGCCCCCGUCAGCCACUGGGCUCGAACCCAGAACCUUCUUGCUGUGAAGCGACAGUGCUAACCACGACACCACUGUGCUGCCGCAAAUUAAAUCCUUAAGUGAUUUAUACAGUAUCAGUGAUUUGUAGUAUAUACGCCGUACCAGUCAAAAGUUUGUACACCCCUACUCAUUCAUGGGUUUUUCUGUAUUACCAUUUUCUCCACUGCAGAACAAUACUGAGGACACCAAAACUCUGAAACAACAUAUGGAACACACACAAUUUUGUAUGUUCCUCAAAGUAGCCACCGUUUAUCCACCUCCACAGGCUACAGGAAUGACAGCUUAUAUUAAAUUUCAAGUUUUAAGACAAAACUGGAAAUGGGGUGGCAGCAGGGAUGGCAAGAAUAAGACCUCUGAGGUGAUUUGACGUCAAGGUUGGGGUGGCCAGGCGUAUUUUUACAGAGAGCAGUCACCACCUUGUGAGACCAUGUAGCUAAGCCCCUGUUACUUCCUUUUCAUUUUGUCAGAUAGUUGGAAUAAAAAAAAAUACUGGUAUGCACAAUUUAUAGUUUAGGAACCUUAACUAAGGUAGUCAGCUAGUUUCAAGGAAGACUACCAGUGAUGUGAUGUGAUGUGAUCUGAUCUGAUCCGAUUUGUGAUUGGCUGAUCAAAUUAAACUUAAAAUCCACCCUUACUGACCGAUGUAUGCCUGUCUUUCAGUAACAUCAGAUAGUUCUAAUAGCCAGUCUAUCAGUACACUUCUGUUAUGUGUUCUCUUCCCUACUGCUCAAAUCAGAUCACGUACUGGGAUUAGUGAAGAAUUUGGGAUUCUCACUGGAGAAAUAUAAUUUGAAUUUCAAAAGCUGACACUUAUUUACAUGAAAGGUGUGCAUAACAAAUAAAAUUAAUGGCAAACAUAUGUAAUAAUGAAUAGAAUAAAUAAAAUAUAAUAACGUGAAUAAAAAUAUUAAAACUUAUAGCAAUUUGUAUUGACAAUUAAAACUUUAAGAAAUAUUGUGAAAAUUAUAAUAACUUAGAGGUUUAACGAAAUUGGACAAUUUAGAGUUAAUCUCGAACAUUUUUAGUUAUAUGCAUAACCAGUAGUUUGAGCAAAAUGAUUUGACACACUGAGUUUUUAACUCUAGACUGCAAAAUGUUGAAUAAUUCAUUUAUCAGCAGAAUAUUUGAAGGAUCUAUAACCAGACUUGGAUGAUAUUUAUAUUUCAUCAUAUUUCACAACUUUUAGCUGCGCCUGUGCACUGAUAUUGGUCUAAUCAUGAUGUAAUCUGAUGUAUAUGUUGUAUCUGAUGUAUCAUGAAAGUAUUUAAGACUUAAUAAAAUGGAUAUUAUAUGUUUUAA